ACUUUGGUGGGAGUCUACCUACGGAGCCUAGCCUCGUCGAGACGCGCGAAACCGGGGACUUCAGUUGUCACCGCGACACCAACGGAGCAACAUUACGUUGUUUAACCAUCCGCGAUAAAUUCCGAAUCGCUGUCACGCGAACCCGCGGUCCCGUCGUGUUAAAAGUACAAUUUUAAUCGACGUCGAUUCAACAAGUGUUCGAUUCAAUCUCGUCCCUCGCUGACUAACGAAUCAAGUGUAAUUUGUUUCUAAUUGUUACUGGGAAUUUAUCCUACGCCGAGGAAGAAGUUCCCGGAAAUUAUGCAAUCCCGUCGCAUUUUUAUCUGAAAUCCAGUUAAACGGCGGGCGACGAGUCUCAGAUCGGCCGAUGCGCGGUAUCAGGAAGAAGAUCGACGGAGCGCGUUUACGACCAGCCGUAUAUCGCCGAUUACGCAGUCCCAGACGUUUACGGGGUGACCGAUAGCUGGGACACGUGACCGGUCGCGUGGAUGGAACAUCAGAGAAAUCGAGGAACGAUUCUCCAGCGGGCAGGCCUAGAGGGGAGGCGCGCGUGACUUACGACGUGUCGUCGUGGAUCAAGAGAAAUUCCCCCAACGGUCCAUCGAAUAUUCGCAGAACGCAGGCCCGCGGCAGUCGCGUUCACCGGAAGUCGAACGAUCCGCGGUCUGAAGAUCAAACAGGCGUAGUUUCUCCGCGAGGUGAAACCUUGACGAUGAUAUGAGCCGACACGAAACCUCCUGACACCGGAAGUGGGAAAAAAGGAAGAAGGAUGGCCAGCGAGGUGCGCGCGCAGCCCUUAGGCCCGGUGUAUUGUGGUAGCACGAUGCAACCCGACGUACCCGACGAAGAGAUUCAGUACGCGCCAAGGAGCCGUCCUGUCAGCUUUUACGAUAAUUUCAAGGACGUGCCGAUGGUAGCACCUUGCGUGACUUCCGCCCUGAGCGCCGACAAUUUAAGUCAGGUUCGCGACAACGGUAUCGGCUCGUCGAUGGCCACGGCCAACAACAUUAACAAUAACAACAACAACAGAGUGAGCAGCGCCGUGAGCGCGGGGAACGUGUCGAAAAUCCACAGCACCAAAGUCACCGGUGCAGUGUCGACGGGGAAUAUCGGGAAAAUCUAUCGAUCCGAGAAGGAGAAGGAGCUGGGUCGUGCACCGUCGAUGGCCAAUUGUUUGUCAACCACGGUUCCCGUUAAUCUGGCAGCGGCGCAAAUUGCGGGUCGGCACACGCCCACGAGGAAUUCCCUCAGGCACAGCAGGAUGAUAGUGUUGCAUCGCAGCGGCCAUCGGCCGCAGAAAUUCUUGCCGCCGUUGGUUUACCACCGGCGAUUAGGUCGAUGUUUAGCAGCGUUGCAAGCGAUCCUCGGCGUCGCGGUUACUUCGUUAUCGUUAUGGUUAUUGAUGUGGGCACCGCAUCUCCCAGUGGAUGAUAACCCGUACUGGAGCGGAAUGCCGUUACUACUCUCCGGCUGCUUUGGAAUAUGUUUAUUAUACUGCUUUAAGAAGGAGUAUCACGGCAUGAGUCCUGGAUUCUGUCUCGCCGCUACUAAGGUGAUCAGCGUAUUAUUGGCGAUCCUGGCGACGAUCACCUGCUCAAUCGCUUGCGCGUUCGCGGUGAUGCACCUGGUCCGUUUGAUGGGAAUGGAUUGCAACCCAGCGCGGGUACUGAACGUAACGUGCGUGUGCAAACCCCGCGUGGAAGCGACGAAUUCCACGGAAACAGCGGUGAGGUAUUUGGACCUGAGCUGCCCCGAGGUCGAGAACAUCCUUACCAUAUUUCUGAUCUUCUCUUCCACCUGCAAUGCGCUGGGAGUCCUGGUGUCUGGCUGGUACGCUUACCUGCACUGGAGCACCAGGCGUAAAAGGCCGAAGUACAUGCAAGUGAGAACCAGCCCGAGCACCGGGACCAACUUCCUCAGCGGCAGACCGAUUUAUAAUCCGAAUCUGAACGAACGAUGACAGUCUGCGGAGCACGAGGACACCUACCUCCGUUAUUCCUCGUUGACGAUGGACGACGGACCGUUCGGAACGCUUCCAUAGACGCCACGGGACAGUUUUGUUGCACGAGAAAUUCGUUAUAGAAUUUUUUUUUACACACGCUUUCGAACGAGUUUCGCGUUCAUCGGGGACAGGAAGCAAAGGCUGACAUAAUAAUCGCGCGAACUAGUCUCGGUUGUGAGUAGUUCUUAGAAGUCUGUGUUCUAGAUACAGAACGAUCGUUUUCUCACGAUCGGAUGAGGAGACCAGAUGGCUAAUGGGACGUAUCGUUUAACAAUCUUAACGUAUCUUUAAUAUUUAUUACCGUAGUCUCUAAGGUUUUCGAAGAGGACGUAACUGCAUUUAGCGUAGUGUAAUAUUUGUAGGCUUUAUUACUCGAUAACUUGACAGAAAUCAACGAAUGAAUUACCUUAAGGCCGGAGAAUUAAAUAAUUAAAUGUUAAUGCGGAACAUAUCAUCAAUACGAUCGAGAGAUCAUUAGGUUAAUCAAGAGAAAAUUGAUACGAUUUUUAAUAUCAAUGCUAUUUAUGAAAAUUAUAUGGGAAUUCAAUUAUGAAUGCGCUCGGAUCACGGGUUGAUCCGCGCGUAAUUAAUUAACAAACAAUGUGAAAUCCUCGCAUUCGUAUGAAAGUAUUUUCUCAUUCGACUUUUUUGCAUAUUCACCUUCAGGAUAUACCCCUGAAUAAAAAUCAAAUAGAAAUCUCAUGCAUAUUUGUUUUAUCAAAUUUUUUUGAAGCCAAGUUCCAAAAUUUUGAU